GGGACGCUCUAGGGAGUGCGCGAGGCAGAGCCGGGUGGCCGGACCGGGCCUGCUUUGCGGACACCGGGCUCCCCUGCCCGGGACUGGGGCGGCCGGCUCCGUGGGCGCCAAGAGGACAGGGCGGGGCGGGGCGGGGCGGGGCGGACGGGCCCUGCGCCUCCGGCACGCCCCCGGGGCCGGCUUCUCUGCUCCGUUGCCAGCGCUGGGCCUGUGGCCCUGCCUUGAUUUCUGCCCCGGGUUGCUGGGGAGUCACACAAACAACGUCUGCAUGGCGAUUGGCAGGCGGCGGAGAGAGACCCAGGCUGACCCCAGAGCCGGAGCCUGCAGGGAGUGGCCGGGAAGAUGAGUAGGAUUUUCCCAGGCUAGGGAAAGCUGGCGGAGGAGGGCCCUGCUGGAGCGGCUUCCGGUUUGCAACAGUAGUAUCAUUAAACUUUGAUCUGUUUGGUGUUGCCAGGGUUUAUUCUUGUUCCCGGCUUACAGGUGAAGCAGUUAGGCAUCUUAUGCCCAGAGAUGGUCCAGAAAAGAGCCCAAGCCGUCAUUUGUCUCAUUUUGAUUAAUGAAGAGAGUAAUAGGACUUGUUUCACGUGGUUGUGGAGGCUAGCGUCAGUUAGUGCAUUGAAAGGGCUUAGCGCAGUGCCCGACACCCGGUAAGAACUCACGAAUUGUUACUGUUCUUACCAGUGUUACUGUGACAACGGACCCAGCCUCCUGCUUCUAGUGGAAUGUGAUCAAGUGGUCCUCUGCCUCUGGUCCUCCGUUCCAGCACAUUGCAUUUCACCCCAGGUAUUUUCUGAGUGCUUUAGGGCACUGCUUGGUGCUGAGAACAGUAGGUAGAUGAAAAAGACUUGGGCCUGCCCCUUGAAGAACGAAUGCAGGUUAGUUAGUAGAAGAGGAAGUGCAAGGUCCGAUUUGAAAGAAGAGAGGGUCUGUUGGGAAACUACUGUGUAAGGACUUGGGACUUUAGAGGUUGCCCUCAAAGGCUGAGUGGGUGAAAUCAGGAGGAAGUGAAAGCUAGCAACCUGAAUUAAGGGCCACCUGGGUCUAGCCUUCUGGUUGAGCUGGUCAGGUGGAAUAGGUCAGAAAGGACUGUGUUAUUUGGAGUAAAGAUUAUCAGACCAGGCUGCAUAUUGGAAUCAUCUGUACUUCUUGGAAAACUAGACGUGUGCUCCCUUUGGCAGCACAUGAACUGACUGAAAUGAUGCAGAGAUUAACAUGGCCUCUGUGACAGAAUGACAUGUAAAUUCAUGAAGUGAGCGUGACUGUGGGGAUAGGUUAUGAAACUAAAAAGGAGGCUGUGAGAGGGGAGAUAGAGGUUUUCGGGAAAGGAGGGGGAUAAUAGAAGACAUGUGACCUGGAUGCUGAAAGGGGAGGGGACUGCUAAAGGUGGAUGGGUACGGAGGGAGAUGAGGAAAAGAGGAGGAAUUUCCACAAAAGCACAUUAUGUAUGAAAAUGCUGCAAUAAAACCGUUGGAAGUCUGAUGUCUAAAAAGUUAUGGGGGGGAAAACCCUACAACUGUAGAGUCCUGACUUUAUUGUUCUGGAAUAUGGUCUGGGUAUUGGAAUUUUAAGAGGCAGUUUCUCCAGGAGAUUCUGAUGUGCAAGGAAAAUGGAGAAUGCUAACCUCAUACCAUGAAAUCAGUAAAUACCUCUCUCAUGUCUGGAAAUUCUUUGUUUACAAAGAAACAAAAGGCUUAAUCCUAUCCUCGCCGUGUGCUACUUCCUGGUCAGUUUGUUGACGAUUCAGUAAGAUGGCAGAAUUUCCGUAGUAUAUUUGAGUCCCACAUCUUGGUGUCUUAUCCACUUCAGUCUCAGCUCCCUUGGCUAGAAACUUUAAUGGGCUUUGCACAAAUUCCAAGCCGAACUGAAAUCCCGACUGCACUGUUACUAUCCUUUUCUUCUGGUUGUUACUAACAGGAAAUUCAAUGUCGUCAGAAGACCUGGAAGCCCAGGAGGAUGAACUACUGGCCCUGGCGAGUAUUUACGAUGCAGAUGAGUUUAGAAAAGCAGAGUCUGUCCAAGGUGGAGAAACCAGGAUCUAUCUGGAUCUGCCGCAGAAUUUCAAGAUAUUUGUGAGCGGCAAUUCAAAUGAGUGUCUCCAGAAUAGUGGCUUUGAAUACACCAUUUGCUUUCUGCCACCACUUGUGCUGAACUUUGAACUGCCACCAGAUUAUCCAUCCUCCUCCCCACCUUCAUUCACACUUAGUGGCAAAUGGCUGUCACCAACUCAGCUCUCUGCUCUCUGCAAGCACCUAGACAACCUGUGGGAAGAACACCGAGGCAGUGUGGUGCUGUUCGCCUGGAUGCAGUUUCUUAAGGAGGAGACCCUCACCUACCUGAAUAUUGUCUCUCCUUUUGAGCUUAAGAUGGGGUCUCAGAAAAAAGCCCAGAGAAGGACGACGGCUCAGGCCUCUUCCAGCACAGAGCUAGGUUUUGGAGGAGCUGCUGGAGCCGGUGUAGACCAAGAAGAAAUUGUGGAUGAGAGAGCUGUGCAGGAUGUAGAAUCAUUGUCAAGUCUGAUCCAGGAAAUCUUGGACUUCAAUCAAGCUCAGCAGAUGAAGAGCUUCAACAGCAAAUUGUUCCUGUGCAGUAUCUGUUUCUGCGAGAAGCUGGGUAGUGAGUGCAUGUACUUCUUGGAAUGUAGACAUGUGUAUUGCAAAGCCUGUCUGAAGGACUACUUUGAAAUCCAGAUCAAAGAUGGCCAAGUUAAAUGCCUCAAUUGUCCAGAACCAAAGUGCUCUUCAGUGGCUACUCCUGGUCAGGUCAAAGAGCUGGUGGAAGCUGACUUAUUUGCCCGUUACGACCGCCUCCUUCUCCAGUCUACCUUGGAUCUAAUGGCAGAUGUGGUCUACUGCCCCCGUCCAUGCUGCCAGCUCCCUGUGAUGCAGGAGCCUGGCGGCACCAUGGCUAUCUGCUCCAGCUGCAAUUUCGCCUUCUGUACCUUGUGCAGACUGACCUAUCACGGGGUCUCUCCAUGUAAGGUAACUGCAGAGAAAUUAAUAGACUUACGAAAUGAAUACCUACAAGCAGAUGAAACUACUAAAAGGUUCUUGGAACAGAGGUAUGGCAAGAGGGUGAUUCAGAAGGCCCUGGAAGAGAUGGAAAGUAAAGACUGGCUGGAAAAGAACUCCAAGAGCUGCCCCUGCUGUGGGACGCCCAUACAGAAGCUGGAUGGCUGUAACAAGAUGACCUGCACCGGCUGUAUGCAGUACUUCUGCUGGAUCUGCAUGGGUUCUCUCUCCAGAGCCAACCCUUACAAACACUUCACUGAUCCCGAGUCCCCAUGCUUUAACAGACUGUUCCACGCCGUGGAUGUUAACGGGGACGUUUGGGAAGAUGAAAUUGAAGACUAGUUCAUUCCUCUGCUCAACAUACAGAAUGGAAUGUUUGCCCUAAUCUUCUGUCAAGUACACAAAGAAACCUUGCGAGAUAUUUAGGGUGCCAUAUAUUCACUCUUCCUGUGGAGAAGGAAGGACAGGGUUGAUAUUUUUCUUUGGUACUACUGAUUAAGGCACACACAUUUUUUUCCAUGUAACAUAAUUCUGAUAAAAUUAUAUGCCAAAGGUUCAGAAAUGCAAACUAUAGUAGAUUAAAUAUUAUAAUAUGCCCAAACUGUGGAUAGUUAUAAAGUGAAUAUUUAUUUUCUUCCCCAAGCUUUAAGUUAGGGAGAGGGUCAAGAGUUAAACUUUGAGACUGUCCAGGAAGGCUGACUUUGCUGGAGCCCUCUCAGGACUCUCCUUUGUAGCUGGGGACAGUCCCAGCCCUGUUGACACUGAGAGCCUGAUGUGGCCACACACUGCUUGCUCUUCCCUCAGUUCCCUGUGGAGGGCCUUCCACUCUGUGACCGACCAGACGUCCCAGUGUCCUUCUGACCCUCCACUUUCCAAAUAGAAAUUGACAAUACAUUUUAAAAGACUUUAGUCCCACAAGCCCCGUGGGUCACUUGAUGUUUCUGAAUGGCGUGUUGAAUCCACUGGUGUAGAACCAAGUGCAGAAUGAGUGGAUCUGGCUCGGGGCCCCCUCCUGCUCGCCUGGGGAGGAGAGUCGGAGUCAGAGCUGUCUGCCCCAUUUUGUUCUCCACUUUCUCCCUUUGCUCUCCUGCCUUGUGUGGGCAAGGACAGUCGGGGCUGAUUCCAACAGUGUGUGUUUUCAUCUCCUCUGCUGGAAUAGGAAAGAGCCCAGCUUAGUCCCAGAUGAAUGUUCUCUGAACCUGUGGACAGACAGCACCAUGGUUCUGGCCCCAACCUUCUGAACAUUCAGGUCUUCUCUAAUCACCUAUAGGAACUGGGCUUCCUACACUCCCUGCUUAGACAGCCGAGUUUGGGGUGGUAAUUAUAGCUUGAUAGCUGGAUUCCUAUUUCUGGGAUUUAUUGGCUUUUUGGAAAACUGUCUUCCUCAUGAUUCUGUAAGUGGCUUAGUAGCCACUUGGUGGAUGUUUUGAAAAGGACAGUAAUUUACUUGCAUCUUGUGAACAUGUGUUUUCUACUUUGACACUGAAAAUUAAGGAAUUGCUUAACUGUCAGCACGGACUGCUUCUGGAUUGUCAGUAAGGAUGCUUAAUCUUAAAAAUAAAAAUAAUUUAAAAUUCA